CGACCUCGACCUCAAGCCCACUUGAAGACCGAAGAACAUCAUGGAAGACGCUUGGCAGUCCCAAGAUAACACGGGGAUCCACAUCCCUACCGAUGCGCUCUCUGCGCACCCUGAUACGGCAGAGUCGUGGAACGCCAAUGGGCACGAGGACCGCGAUCGCGGUGGUCGGGAUGCACGUCGGGGCCGCAGCCGCAGCCGUAGCCCUGCUCGCCAAAGUGGAGGUGACAACCCAGGGAACAACUUGCACGUUUCUGGGUUGAGCCACCGUCUCGAGGUGCAUGAGCUUGAGACUGCGUUCGCCAAGACGGGCCGGGUCCAAAAAGCCUCGAUCAUGUUUGACCCCCACACUCGUGAAUCGCGUGGCUUCGGGUUCGUGACGAUGGAGACCCCAGAGGAGGCUGAUGCUGCUAUUGCGGCUUUGCAAGGAACGGAGUUAGCAGGAAAGACCCUCAGCAUCCAAAAAGCUCGUCGCGGUCGUGCCCGCACUCCAACUCCGGGACGUUACCAUGGUCCUCCGAAAAGAGAUGAGCGCCCAUACGAUCCCCGCCCGUAUGACUCGCGUUACAGCCGGGACGGCGAUGAUCGCCGUCGUGGUGGGCGUUACGAUGACCGUGACCGGCGCGACUACGACCGACGCGAUUAUGGUCGCAGAGAUGACCGCGGCCGGGACUAUGAUCGUGAUGACAGAGACCGUCGCGGCGGAGGACGCGGUGGUUAUGAUGACCGUCGCUACUAGGCUCAGAAAACGUGCUGUAUCACAUCCAUUAGUUCAACAGAAGGGCCGCAGUUUUAUGCCGUCAAGUGAUCAACACGUUGAAUUUAUGCUCCAGCUUCCAUCCCA